AUAAGAACAAUUAAAAAAAAACGAAGAUUCAAGAUGGCCUUUGCUGCGGCGCGCAUGAUCUUAAAAGAAAAGGACAAACGCCGGAAAUCCUCGAAAGAAGAAUAUAUUCCCAGGACCAAGAGCAAGGCGCGCAGCGGUAGCGCUAGUAGCUAUCGAAGCUUAAGCCAGGCACGAAAUAAACCAGCAGAUGGAAGCGGCCACGUGUCGCAACCGCGUCCACGCACGCCCACUCACGGUGCAAAUAAGGGAGGACCGAAGACGCCUUGCAAAACGGCACAGAAGCAAGUAACCGCGCAGCAAAAAGGGCAGCCGAUAAAACAGGCGCCUGCCAAAGUGGAGGCCGUCAAGAAAACAAACAAAAAGAAGAAGGGGAAACACCACCAGCACGACCUAAUCGUCACGAUUAAUUUGACGGAAUAUGGCCUAUCAGAAGACCAAGUGGCGGAAUUUAAGGAGGCCUUCAUGCUCUUCGACAAAGAUGAAGACGGCACCAUCACCAUGGCGGAACUGGGCGUGGUCAUGAGGUCACUAGGACAACGACCGACAGAAACUGAACUGCGAGAUAUGGUUAACGAGGUGGACCAAGACGGCAACGGUACGAUCGAGUUCAACGAGUUCUUACAAAUGAUGUCGAGAAAGAUGAAAGAUGCCGACGGUGAAGAGGAAUUGAAGGAGGCUUUUAGGGUAUUUGAUAAAAAUAACGACGGCCUGAUAUCGAACAUCGAAUUGCGUCACGUGAUGACCAGUUUGGGCGAACGUUUAUCCGAAGAAGAAGUUGACGACAUGAUAAAAGAGGCCGAUUUGGAUGGUGAUGGUCAAGUGAAUUAUGAAGAAUUUGUGAGUAUCCUGACUUCCAGAAACUAGUUUCAGAGACUGCAAGAAAUGAUGGUCCAAUAUUAAAACCAAAAUUUAAAAAAUUGACUGCUUUUCAACACGGCUCUAUACUAUGAACUUUUAACAAAAUUUUAGCUUUAAUUUUUGUUGGAUAUGGCCCUCAAUUUCGAAGAAAGUUUAUUACUACUAUUUUGCCAAAAAAAACUUUGUCUUCCUUUAUCUAAUAUUUACAAGGGCAUUCGCUUAAGUUAAAGCUAAAAUUACUAUCUCUUAUAUUAUACAUCCAUUAUAUUAUAGGUUUAAAUUUUAGGCAAUUUAUUCGGUAAAUGUUUGUACUCACUGGAUAUAGAUAGAAUUGGUAUAAACUGGUUGAGGUGUAAAUAUUUUUUAUUUUAUAGAAGUCAUAUAUAUUUAUAUAUUUUUUUGCCAUCGUAUUUUUUCCGAAAACAAGGUCGUUAAUAGGAUCCAUAUUAUGAUAAUCAGCGACUCUAAACAUUUCAAAAGAUUUCUUAAAAAUUCUAAAUGGCCAGUAUAAAAUAGCGCGAAAUGUGAAAGAUUUAAAUAAUUAUUAGAAAAUAUUCAGUUCUUAAGUUUUAAGUUUAAGUUCAAUUUUGUGUCUAAAUCAGUGACCCUAAAAAUUUUUAAAAAAUCGAAAAUUCAAAAUGUCUUGUAAGAGGUGACACAUAAAAGAUUUGAAAAUAGUUAAUGAAACUUUAAGCUAUUAAAAAUUAGUAAAACUUACAUCCAUUAUGAAAGGGUUCCUUGGGAAAUAUUUUAUAAAAGAGACAUUCUUCUUUAAAGAUAAAAUUAAUAUAUAUUUAAAAUAAUUGCUUAAAUUAACAGAAAACAGUUCCGUCACGAAUUUGCAUAGUAGACAGUAAAAAUGCUAUGCAAUCAGGCGAAUAACCGACAUAAACCCUCAUGAACCUAUAACCCAUAUUAUUAAAAUAUACACUAAGUAUUCUAAAAUACUGUUUAUUAUAUAUACAUUUAUUAUAUAUAAAUUUAUUAUAUAUACAUAUUUAGGGUCAAAAAGCAGGACCUUGUAAGUAACAUUUUGGACAUUUUUCAGGAGAGCAAUAAAACUGUUUAAUUUUUGUAAUAAACGACAAGUAAUGAUUUUUUUCAUAUAUUUAUUUAUUUAGGAACAUAAUGACAUCAGUCUAGAAAAAAAUAAUAAUUUUCUUUUUUUUAUAAAAUAAACUACAUUUACGAGGUACUGUGUCUAAAUAAAUUAGAUACGAGGAAUUGCAUUCUUAAAAAACUACGAAAAAAACACAAAUAAAUUUUGUGUAUUUUUUAUUACAGAAAAUAAAAUAAGAAAAUAUUCAAUAUUUUCUGCAAAGGAGUAUUAAACAUUAUAAAAAUGUGUGUACUAAUACCCUAAACCUAUUUCCUAACAUAAUUAAAUACCUAUUAACAUUCUAAUAAUAUCAUCACAUUAUUAGGUACUUCAAAAAGUUUGUGAUCUGGUCUUUUUCUAAAUUUAAAAACAACAUCUUUUUAUAAGAGUAUUUUUUAUGUAGCAGCCUAAUACAAAUAAAAUUAAAUUAAAAAAAUGAAAAAUAAAAGCUGACAAAACCAAAGUAAGGCAACUGUUCAUAAAAACUCCAACAAUCUUUAGGAAUUGUAGCCAUGUAGCCUUAAUGCUCUGUAAAUUAUCAUACUUUUUUUUCGUAAUUGGAAGAGGCGAUUGGUAAAGAGGCGGAAAUAUUACAUUGUUAAAGUCAACAUUUUUUGGUCUUAGGGGAAGGGGGUGAAAGUCUUCUUUUGCCCAUUACAAUCUUGUAACACUCUAAUAUUGGUCACAAUAGCCCUAUCAUUAUUCAUUCUUGAAGGCCGAAUCUAGACAUACUUUAAAAAAUCUUUAUGGCCGUAGUAUUUGAAAAACUCGUAGCCCAUAUUCUUUACCAAAUAGGGAUUUUUAAUACGUGCUUGCUUAGUGAUUUUUAAAUAAUCACUUGGUAAAUAGAUUUCUUUGUUUUUUAAGCAGAUUUCAAUAGCACUAUGGACAGAGUCACACUCCAUCUGAGUGUGACCAUUUACCAAAAACUUUUGCGUAAUUGAAACAUCAUGCUUCUCUGAUAAAUAAAGAAGAGCAUUAGUGAGCACACUAUUCCUAUUUUGCGCCAUACAACCAUCAGAAUAAAUAAUGAAAGGUCUUUUGGCCUCUUAGGUUAAAAGUUGCUCUUGUAAGUAGUCUACUAAAAAGGAAGCAUAAACAGAUGCUUGCCCAGCGGCAAUAGUUUCGUUAAACCAAUAACAAACGGCUUGGUUGUUGACUAAAUUAUAAAUCGUGAAGUUAUGGCAACACAGUUUCUGUUUAUAGUACAACGUGCUAGCUGAUAUUUGCGGAGAUAGCUUCACAGCUUGCACAUCCAUGGUAAUCAUGUGAAACUCACCAUUUCGCCUUCUCCUUAUCUAUUUCCUUUCCACGUCUUGCUGAUUUUUUUUCUCAAUGUGUUCCUUAUAUUCUUCCGCUUGUAUAUUUUCGUUUUUAUACUUAAAACAGACAUCACAUUGGUCCUUUUCAGGUCGGAAUAUUGAGAUUUUCAUUUCGACGGCAAGUUUAGUCAUUGUAAUAAUUGACAUUGGAUUUUGCCUCUUUUCUUGGCAUUGCCUCAUGUAGACACGGUUUAAAUCGGACCAUGACUGAAAAGACUGUUCCAAGUACAUUCUGUUGGUAUCUUUUCGACAGUAAUGUGAAGGAAGCUUGUUUAAAUUUUAAAGAAAGUUUCUGUCAUUUUUAAAAGUAUCUUGUCGUUUUUCUCUCCGGCUUAUAUCGGUUUGGUUGGUACUAGCCAUGCCAUUUUCAGAAUUCAUCGAUCAGGAUCGUACGGACCAUUCUUCGAGAUUAAGGGUAUUCAAGUACAUUUUCUUACAAACAGUAAUGGAUUGAUUACCGAUAAUAAAAGAAUAAUUUAGUGUUUGUGAUCUACGAGAUGAAUCGAUUUGUUUCGACGGCCUCUUUUUACCGCAUACUUUGACAGUAUUUCCAACAAACACUUUUCACUGCUCCCAAGUCAUAUCUUCCCAGAACUUCUUGAAUAACUUUUCUCGAUCCUCGUUUGAAAUAAGAAAACAUUUUUUUGUAGCAUUCUUCACUUUUUCUUUGUUUAAACACUUACACCUUUCUUUUAUCUUCAUUUCCUGGCGAUGUUUGUUUUGAAACGUAUUUUUUUGAUUUUUGGGCUUUGUGAAUCCCAUGUAGCUUUUGCCUAUCAGCCUUAGUUUUUUAUUAAUAGCCCUUUUAUUGUAUUCUUUUCGCUUUCUAUUUUCAUGUUCACCUACAGGUUGUUCUUCUAAAUCGCUAUCCUCUUCUGAAAGUUGCCCUUGCGGUCCUUUAUUUGAAUUGUCUUCGACCAUACUUUCUUCAGAUGAGUCGGGGUCAUCGGGCUCCAUAGUGGCGUCGUAAUCAGGAGCAGACAAUGUGUUUUCUUCGGGUACGUCAUCCGCAAAUGAAUUUGUAACGCUCUCACCCAAACUGGCUUCCAUAGAGUUUGUUUUGAGGAUGGGAUCUGAUAUCGUAUCUUCUUUGAUUUCCAUAUUUGCCAUUUGAUCGGGAGAGGUGCUAAGAAUUCCUGGCUCUUAAUAGCUUUCGAAUACGACCUCCGCAUUAUUGAUUAGUUCAGAAAUAUCCUCAGGGCUUAGAAUUUGGUCCAACUCAAGCUCGGGUAGACUCAUUGUUAAAAUCACUUAUAUUUGAAAAGUUCAGGUCAUUUUUAGUUACUGUAUUUAAUUUAUUUGAGUUUAGAUUUUUAGCCAUUGCCACCGUUUUUCUUGCUCGGCUAGACAUUAUAAUUGUAUUAGCAGUCUUAAACAGCAACUCGUAAGCGGUAAUACAAUUUAAAAAUGCAAGACCUCCUAAGUGUUACCUGGAAAAAAAUGUGGUUUAGGUAAAGAAAAAUGAUAUUUAUUAUAAAAUAAAUUAAACACAAACUACUAACAACAACUUUAAAACAACUAUUUUCAAAGUGAUAUAAAAUUUUAGCUAUUUUAAACAUCUUACCGGCCAAAAACACAAAGCACUUCCACGAACAACAACAGUAACGGUUGCUAACAAGGGUUAACUGACAAAUACGAGGUAAUGCUUUCAAAACUGACGCGAAUGUAAAUACGAGGUUAUGAUUUUUGCGAUUUGCCGCUAAAAUUAAAAACUGAUUAAUAUCUAACUUGGUCAACAGAUGCCACCAUCUAUUGUAGGCAUAAUGGUAUAUUAAAACGAAUUUAGCCAAAAAUGUUAGUUACGAGGUCCUGCGUUUUGAUCCUCGAUAUUAUACUACAAUAAUAUUAAUAAUGUUAUAAAAUUAUAUGUUUAUUAUUUAAUAUAAAUAAUUAUUAUAUGUUUGAAAUUUUUAGCCUCGCAGAUGACGAUACGGAAUUUUCGAUAAAUCAGCGACCCUAUUUUUGACCCCAAAUUUGAAAAUAAAUUCAAUUGAAAGUUUGAAAAAACUAUUAGGAAGAUUUGAAAUUCAGUUUUAGGUGUUUUUGAAAACAACCGGGUACAUCACAAAACACCUAUUUUCCCAAUUUAAAAUUUCAAACAAAAAGCUAUACAUAUUUAAAAAUUCUUAUUGAGAGAUGCUGAUAUGUCUUAUUAUGUAUCUAAAUCAGUAAUUCUAAAAUUUUGAACUGAAUUUGACACUGAUUGAUUAUAACACGUAUAGAAAGACAUUGAAAAUUCUAUGAAGGAAAUCGGCAAUUAAAUUUUUAAGUUCAAAACGGUGGAUCUGAUUAGAAAAAGUCUUAAUUAAUUUAAAUAUUUCAAGAUUCAAAAUGGCGAACAAUAUUUCUAAUUUUUAAUCAUUUAAUUGUUACAACUUUUAAUAAUUAAAAAAAGGAUAUUCUUCUGAGUAAUACAAGAAAUAGUACAAAUUAUCUAGUAUAAACUCUGACAAUAUAAUUUAUUUUUAAGCGACUAUCUAAAUUAAUUAAAAACUGAAAAUCUUUAUUAUCCUGAUUUUUUAUGGUCAAAUUUUAUUUACGCCUCAAAUUGGUUGAUUUCCAAAAAAAAGCUUUUGAUGUUCCAUAAACUUCUAAACCUAGAAUAUACUCUAGCACCAGCGCACUGCUUCUUUAUAUUACUGUAAAGUAUAUACUGGCUAAAUUAUAUAAAAUAUUAUCAGUUAGGUAUAUAGAACCUUCUUAGUAGGGUUCACAUAUGGAUUUGAUAUCAGUUUUAUCAUAACAGGGUGUAGCAAGUAUAUACCUGAAAAAAAAAUACAUAAAAAAAGUUAUUAGAUGUGAUUGUUAAAUGUGAUGGAGGCUUCGUUUAUUAUGUAUGUAUAUAAAAUCAUUGACAAUAUACACCAAAUAAAUAAUAUGUUUUAUUAUAUGGUUUUAUAUAAGACAUUAAUAAAUCACACAUUUACAUUAUUAUAAUUUGUUAAAUGUUAUAAAUGUAAAGUCUAUAUCACUAGGGGCUAAGCUAAAAAUGAUAUAUUAUUGGAAAAUAAAGUUGAAUCGUUGUGAGAAGA